AUGUCAGCCUCCCAAGCCCUAGGCGGCCAGUCGAGCUGCGGCCGCGCGAUCGGGCCCUCCCUCGACAAGAUCAUCAAGAACGCCGCCUGGAGGAAGCACUCCGCCAUCGUCGCCGCCUGCAAGUCCGCCCUCGACAGGCUCGAGACCCUCCCAGCCUCCGCCCCUACCGAUCCGGCCUCCCCCCUCCUCGGCCUCUCCCUCGCCGACGCCAACCUCGUCCUCCACCCCCUGGUCCUUGCCCUCGAGGCCGCCUACGGGAAGAUCGCCGAGCCUGCACUCGAGUGCGCCUUCAAGCUCUUCUCCCUCAACCUCGUCCACGCCGAUAUAGCCGACUGCGGGGAUCAGCCCUCGGCGAUCCUGAGGCUGAUUCAGGCUGUGUGUAAGUCAGGAGGGAUCGGGGAGGAGGCGGUUGAGCUCGCAGUUCUCAGGGUUUUGCUCUCGGCGGUGAGAUCCCCUUGCGUUCUGAUUAGAGGCGACUGCUUGGUGCACAUAGUUAAGACCUGUUACAAUGUCUAUCUCGGUGGCCAAAAUGGGACCAAUCAGAUCUGCGCAAAGUCGGUCCUUGCGCAGAUUGUCGUGAUUGUCUUUGCUAGAACGGAAGCGGAUUCUCUGGACGUUCGGUUUAAGACUGUUUCAGUCAGUGAAUUGCUGGAGUUUGCUGAUAAGAACUUGAACGAAGGCAGCUCCAUACAAUUCUGCCAGAAUUUCCUCAAUGAGGUCGUUGAUGCGAACGAUGGAGCUGCGGAAAAUAAGAACUUGGAGUUUAGCUUGCCGACUGAAUCCCAAAACGGGGAUGCUUCGGUGCCAAAGGAGGAUGACAAAGGGGAAGCGGGCAAUGGAGAGUUGAAUGAUGGGCCGAAGUCAGUUGAUGGCACCAGUAAGAUCAGGGAAGAUGGGUUUCUUCUUUUUAAGAAUUUGUGCAAACUGUCCAUGAAAUUCUCGUCACAGGAUCAAUCUGAUGAUCAGAUACUCUUGAGAGGAAAAAUUGUGUCUUUGGAGCUACUAAAAGUUAUCAUGGACAAUGGCGGUCCAAUUUGGCGCACAAACGAGAGGUUUCUUAGUGCUGUCAAGCAAUUUCUCUGCCUAUCCCUGCUAAAGAACAGUGCACUAUCGGUCAUGUCUAUUUUCCAGCUGCAGUGUUCUAUUUUUAUGAACCUUUUGACAAAGUUCAGAUCGGGUUUGAAAGCAGAAAUUGGCAUAUUCUUUCCCAUGCUUGUGCUGCGGGUACUUGAGAAUGUCCUUCAGCCUAGUUUUCUGCAGAAAAUGACAGUUCUCAACCUGCUGGAGAAGAUAUCCCAGGAUCCACAGAUUAUUAUUGAUGUUUUCGUGAAUUAUGACUGCGAUGUGGAUUCUCCAAACAUUUUCGAAAGGACUGUCAAUGGCCUUUUGAAAACUGCUUUGGGUCCACCUGCUGGUUCAGCCACCACACUCUCUCCUGCCCAGGAUGUCACUUUUCGCCAUGAAUCCGUCAAGUGCUUGGUUCGCAUCAUUAAAUCAAUGGGAUCUUGGAUGGACCAGCAGCUAAUAGUAGGAGAUUUGAAUCCUCCAAGGGGCCCUGAAGGUGACAAUUCAACUGAGAAUCAUUCAACUCCUAAUGGAGAAGAUGGAACUGCACAGGACUUUGAUAUUCAUACUGAUGGAAAUUCCGAAUUCUAUGAUGCUGUCACCCUGGAGCAACGUCGAGCUUAUAAAAUUGAGCUUCAGAAAGGCAUCACGCUGUUUAACAGGAAACCUUCCAAGGGAAUUGAUUUUCUCAUUAGCGCUAAAAAAAUUGGUGGUUCUCCUGAAGAUGUUGCUGCUUUCCUGAAAAAUACGAGUGGCUUGAGUGAAACCAUGAUAGGUGACUAUUUGGGUGACAGGGAUGAUUUCCCCUUGAAAGUUAUGCAUGCUUAUGUGGAUUCAUUCAAUUUCAAAGGAAAGGAUUUCGGAGAAGCCAUAAGGUUUUUCCUAAGAGGCUUCAAACUACCUGGGGAAGCACAAAAGAUUGAUCGCAUCAUGGAGAAGUUUGCUGAGCGCUAUUGUAAAUGCAAUCCAAAUUCAUUCACUAGUGCAGAUACUGCAUAUGUUCUUGCAUACUCUGUGAUAUUGCUAAACACAGAUGCGCAUAACAAUAUGGUCAAAGAUAAGAUGAGUAAGGCUGAUUUCAUUCGGAAUAAUCGUGGCAUAGACGAUGGAAAGGACCUGCCUGAAGAGUUCCUCUCUACAUUGUAUGAUCAAAUUGUGAAAAACGAAAUUAAGAUGAGUUCUGAUACAUCAGCUCAGCAGAGCAAGCAAGCGAACAGCCUUAAUAAGCUAUUGGGGUUGGAUGGUAUUCUUAAUCUAGUUAUUGGGAAGCAGACCGAAGAAAAAGCAUUGGGUGCAAAUGGGCUUCUUAUUAGGCACAUACAGGAACAGUUCAAGGCAAAGUCAGGCAAAUCUGAGUCUAUCUAUCAUUCAGUCACAGAUGUUGCAAUACUAAGGUUCAUGGUGGAGGUCUGUUGGGGUCCAAUGCUGGCUGCCUUUAGUGUGACUCUUGACCAGAGUGAUGACAGGCUUGCUACUGCUCAAUGCUUACAGGGCUUUCGAUAUGCAGUUCAUGUUACUGCUGUGAUGGGUAUGCAGACCCAGAGAGAUGCUUUCAUGACAUCUAUUGCAAAGUUCACUUAUCUUCACUGUGCUGCAGAUAUGAAGCAGAAGAAUGUUGAUGCCGUGAAGGCAAUCAUAUCAAUUGCUAUCGAAGAUGGUAAUUAUCUUCAAGAAGCUUGGGAACACAUAUUAACAUGCCUUUCUCGAAUUGAGCAUCUCCAACUUCUAGGAGAAGGUGCCCCAACCGAUGCCUCCUUUUUGACUUCAUCUAAUGCUGAGACACAGGAAAAAACACCUAAAUCAGGCUUAACAUCAUUAAAGAAGAAAGGAACUAUGCAGAAUCCAGCAGUAAUGGCUGUUGUUAGAGGUGGUUCAUAUGACAGUACAACUGUUGGAAUCAAUGCCUCUGGCUCUGGAUUGGUAACUCCAGAGCAGAUCAACAACUUCAUAUCAAACUUGAAUUUGCUGGAUCAGCAGAUUGGUAAUUUCGAGCUGAAUCAUGUAUUUGCUCAUAGCCAAAGGCUUAAUAGUGAAGCAAUUGUGGCAUUCGUGAGGGCUCUUUGCAAGGUUUCAAUGUCAGAGUUGCAAUCUCCAACAGAUCCUCGUGUUUUCUGUUUGACAAAACUAGUUGAAAUUGCGCACUAUAAUAUGAAUCGGAUCCGAUUAGUUUGGUCUCGCAUUUGGAAUGUUCUUUCUGACUUCUUUGUGUCAGUUGGCUUGUCAGAGAAUCUAUCUGUUGCAAUUUUUGUGAUGGAUUCCCUGCGCCAGCUGGCUAUGAAGUUUUUGGAACGUGAGGAGCUAGCCAAUUACAACUUCCAGAAUGAAUUUCUGCGGCCAUUUGUCAUUAUUAUGCAGAAAAGUGCCUCUGCGGAAAUUAGGGAGUUAAUAGUUAGGUGCAUCUCUCAGAUGGUUCUCAGCCGCGUAAAUAACGUUAAAUCUGGAUGGAAGAGUGUUUUCUUGGUUUUUACAGCUGCUGCGGCUGAUGAGCGGAAGAAUAUUGUCCUCUUGGCCUUCGAGACCAUGGAGAAGAUUGUCCGAGAGUAUUUCACCUACAUUACUGAGACUGAGACGACAACUUUCACAGAUUGUGUUAGAUGCCUUUUAGCUUUUACAACUAGCAGAUUUAACAGUGACGUGAGCCUCAAUGCGAUAGCAUUCCUUCGGUUCUGUGCGGUGAAACUUGCGGAGGAUGGAUUUAUAUCAAACAAGAAGAGCAAGAGUGAAGGAUCAGAAGCUGGAGAAGUUGCUGUGCACAGCCAAGCUCUUGAGGAUAAAGAUGAGAAUGCAUCCUUCUGGGUUCCUUUACUUGCAGGGUUGGCAAAGCUGACAUCUGAUUCGAGAUUGGCUAUCAGAAAGAGCUCCUUGGAAGUACUCUUCAACAUCCUUAAGGACCACGGCCCCCUUUUCUCGAGCCAAUUCUGGAAUGCCAUUUACAUCUCUGUCAUCAUCCCGAUAUUCAACUCCAAUUCCGACAAGGGAAAGAGCCAAAGAGGAGACGAGGACUCUACCUUGUCUACUGUGAGAUCCUCACAAGUAGAGGGAAUUUCUUGGGACUCUGAAACUUCUUCCGUUGCUGCUCAGUGUCUGGUCGAUCUGUUCGUAACAUUCUUCGAUGUGGUUCGGGAUCAAUUGUCGAGUGUUGUUAUGGUCUUGAUGGGGUUCAUUAAGAAUCCUGUCCAGGGAACUGCAAGCACUGGUGUUGCUGCUACGGUCCGUUUGGCUGAAGACUUGGGGAGUCAGCUUUCAGAUGACGAGUGGAGGCAGAUCUUCGCAGGUUUGAAGGAAGCUGCUGAAUCAAUGGUCCCGGGAUUCCUGAAGCUCUUGGGAACCAUGGAGAGUGUUAGCUUGACAGGUGGGUCCCAGUCGGCUGAUGGGGAGUUUAACUCGGAUCAUGGACUGAGCAAUGAUGAUAUCGAGGAUGAUAGUCUUCAGACUGCAGCAUAUGUGAUUUCGCGGAUGAAGAGUCACAUUGCAGUGCAGCUACUCAUCCAGCAGGUUGUGAGUGAUCUAUACAGGUUGCAUCCAAAAUCCCUGUCCAAAGAUAAUGUCGCCAUUGUCCUUGCACUCUUCUCCUCGAUCUCCUCACAUGCCCACUGGCUUAACUCUGAGAAGGCCCUCUUGAGGAAGCUUCAGAGAGCAUGCUCUGUCCUUGAGCUCUCCGACCCACCUGCAGUCCACUUUGAGAACGAGUCCCAUCAGAACUACCUCAACUUCCUCAAGACCCUCCUCUCUGAUUUUCCGGUCCUGUCCACCGACAUGGACAUCAAGUGCCGACUUGUUGAACUCUGCGUGGAGGUCCUGCAGAUAUACCUGGGCUGCAUGGGGACUAUUGUUCAGGCAGGGCCUGCUGAUCCUCGGCCGACCGUCUGCUGGAUUCUUCCACUGGGAGCUGCUGUGAAGGAAGAGCUCGCAGCCCGAACUUCCCUACUUGUGUCGGCCUUGAAGGUGUUCACCAGCUUCGACAGGGACACCUUUAGGAGACACGUGUCGAAGUUCUUCCCGCUGCUGGUGGAUCUCCUGAGGAGUGAGCAUAGCUCGGGCGAGGUCCAGCUCAUCCUGACUAACAUAUUCCAGUCAUGUAUAGGCCCGUUAAUAAUGGAAUGAUCUCUCCAUCUCCUCGUCUUCUACACCGGUUAGAUAUCUCUUUUGCGGGAUGUUUUAUGCAGGUAUCGGGUUCAGGACGUCCUUGGGGUUUAGGCAAUUUAGCUAAUCGAUCCGUUACCAAUCGUGUCUCCUAUUGAGGCCUUUGCCUAGAAUUGAUUAAGAGUACUUUUGGAAAGAUCAUGGUGGAGUUGCCGCUGCGGAUCGUGAAGGUUGAGGUUCUAACCGGAGGAAUUCAAGCAUGACUAACAGAACUUCACUCGAAUCGUGCAUCGAAAAGAGAAUGGGAAGGAAGUUGUAAAUUAAGGUUCGGUUUCAGUUUAUGUUCCAGUUUUGGUCCGUUUCCGAUUCCGUUUCAGUUCAGAUAUUUUCAUUCGCUGCCCAAAGGGACCACAAAAGCUCGAGCAUUGGGACGACAUUUUGAUUCCUAUCCCCUACGCGUUCAAAGGUUUCAUCGUCCUUUUACUUUGAUACAAUAGCUUUUCCUUUAUUUUUUUUUUGUUACAAAUGGAAAUAAUAAUAUUAAAAUAAUUAAUAUACCAAAA